UGUAACUGUUAUACACUACGCAAUCUAUAUACACUCGCUAUAACGUAACUGACGUAAUCGCGCGUAUAAAAUAAACAUCUAAUCCAAAUAUUUUGUUGUUUUCCAUCAGGUAUAUACGGCGAUAUGUAUAGUUACAUAAUGUGAAUGAAUUGUGCACUACAAAUCAAAUGAGUCGUUUAUUUGAAGCUGCUGUUAUUGCAGCAUCGUAUGCAAAAUUUCGACCACAACCCCCGGCCACUGUAAUUGCGCACGUAAUUAAAUACGUUAAGGAAGGCUUAUUAACAGAACAUCCCAUUGAUCUGAGCCUGGCUGUAGAUAUUGGUUGUGGCUCUGGCCAGUGUACAAACUUUUUGGCCCCACAUUUCACAACAGUUCACGGUUUCGAUACAUCAGCAAAUCAAAUCAAACAUGCAAAAGAAAACAAUUCAUUCGCUAAUGUUCUGUAUGACGUUGCGGAUGGACACAGUCUACCGGUGAUGGAUAAUUCUGUUGAUUUGGUGACUUGUUGCCAGAGUUUUCACUGGUUAGAUACGAACAUAUUUUAUCCGGAACUGAACCGCAUAUUGAAGAGAAACGGCGUUGUCGCCCUAAUCACAUACGAAAUGCCGUUUGUAGUGUUGAAUGCUACACACAAGACGGGUGAACAGGAUAUGACCAGACAAUUAAUUCGUAGUUUCUAUGGACAUUCGAAAAUAAAAUCCUACUGGGCCGCAAAGGAACGCUGUUUGGUUGAUACGGCGUAUAAAACUGUCGUUCUGCCAUUUCCAAAUCAAAUGAGAAUUGACGAUACGUUAAUCAGUGAAGGUGUGUCGGCAUCGUCGAUCGUUGGCUACAUUAAUUCGUGGUCAGCAUUUCAAUCUCUUAAAGACAAGAAUGCUAAAGAGGCCGACGAAUUUAUUGAUGAGUUCAAAAAAGUGUCCACAGACAUGUGUGGCGGUGACCUGGAUGCUGACUGUUUUAGUCUAGAAUAUCCGUUUCAUCUGGUUAUGGCGAGGAAAAAGUGAUGGAAUUACGGGUCAUGUUACUUUACGAUACAAAAAUCAACUGGCUGGAUCUUUUAUAGAUGAGAUGCAAUGCAUGUCUUAUUUUUGCUAAUAAAUUUUACGAAUCGA